GUAGUGAUAGCUACUGGAAGAUCAAGAAGCAGGGCUGACUGUUGCCAUUCACGUUCGUUCGCGCUACAGAUUAGAAAACUCCCCGUCCAGAAUGGAUACCAUCGUGCGCCGCUGUCCCUUUCUUGCCCGUGUUUCCCAGACUUUUCUGCAGAAAGCGGGCAAAUCUUUAGUCACCUAUGCUCAGAACUGCCCCGUGAUGAUGGGCACCAAGCCUUCGUCAUGUGCUCAGCUGAGCACCUCGGCUGUUCAUCAGCAAGAGACAAAGGAGACGUCUGAUUCCAAGAGACCACUCAACGGGACCGAGGCUCAGGGAGGCGUUACUGGAUCCCAAGUGCCAGCGGAUCACCCAGACGUGGCUAGUGGGCAGAGUGCAUCAAAAUGCCCUUUUCUGGCGGCCCAGAUGACUCAAGAAUACAGCGGCGUCAUACGCAAGGCCAGCGCUGAAACGCAGGAGGAUGUAAAGAAGAUGCAAACCAUGAGAAAAGAUUUGCAUGGGCUGCUCACCAAAGAUUCUGGAGCAGCAAAAACUACCCUGGAGAAAUUGCAAGAGAGCAUGCUUCAUCAGAGACCUGCUGUAGUUUCCCACCUUCUCCAAGAUAAUAUGCCCAAGGCUGUACAGACUUUCAAGUACGACACGUUUUUCGAAAAGAAAAUCGAAGAGAAGAAAAACGACCAUACAUACAGAGUCUUCAAAACUGUCAACCGGCGCGCGGAAGUGUUCCCCAUGGCCGACGAUUAUUCAGACACUUUAAUAAGCAAGAAAACCGUCUCAGUCUGGUGCAGCAAUGAUUACCUGGGAAUGAGUCGCCAUCCAAAGGUGGCGGGAGCAGUGAUGGAAACCCUAAAACAGCACGGGGCGGGGGCUGGCGGCACCAGGAAUAUCUCUGGAACCAGUAAAUUUCAUGUUGAUUUAGAGCAUGAGCUGGCAGACCUUCAUGGCAAAGAUGCCGCCUUAUUGUUUUCUUCCUGCUUUGUAGCCAAUGACGCCACACUUUUCACUCUGGCCAAAAUGUUGCCUGGAUGUGAGAUCUACUCUGACGCUGGUAACCACGCCUCCAUGAUCCAAGGCAUCCGAAACAGCCGAGUGCCCAAAUAUGUAUUCCGUCACAACGAUGUCGGCCAUCUUCGUGAGCUCCUCAAGAACUCUGACCCGUCCACCCCUAAGAUUGUGGCUUUUGAAACUGUCCAUUCCAUGGAUGGCGCUGUCUGUCCUUUGGAGGAAAUGUGCGAUGUGGCUCAUGAAUACGGAGCCAUAACGUUUGUUGAUGAAGUGCAUGCUGUGGGAUUGUAUGGAGCUCGGGGAGGAGGUAUUGGAGAUCGGGAUGGAGUAAUGAACAAAAUGGACAUUGUCUCAGGAACACUCGGCAAAGCAUUUGGCUGUGUUGGCGGAUACAUCGCUAGUACAAGUGCCCUGAUAGACACUGUUCGAUCCUACGCUGCCGGCUUUAUUUUCACCACCUCUUUACCCCCCAUGCUUCUAUCUGGAGCAAUAGCAUCCGUGAAAGUCCUGAAGAGUGAAGAAGGUCAAGCUCUCCGUCGCCAGCACCAGCGGAAUGUUAAGCUCAUGAGACAAAUGCUGAUGGACUCGGGGCUCCCAGUGGUCCAUUGUCCCAGUCAUAUUAUCCCCAUCAGGGUUUCUAAUGCUGCUAAAAAUACUGAGAUUUGCGAUAAAUUGAUGAGAGAUUAUAACAUCUACGUGCAAGCUAUUAACUACCCCACUGUUCCACGCGGAGAGGAACUUCUGAGGAUUGCACCCACACCGCACCACAAUCCUCAGAUGAUGAGUUAUUUCUUGGACAAGCUGCUGAUCACCUGGAAGAGUGCGAAUCUGGAGCUGAAACCCCAUUCUACGGCCGAGUGUAACUUCUGCAGGCAGCCUUUGCACUUUGAGGUGAUGAGCGAACGAGAGAAAUCCUAUUUCACCGGCUUGAGUAAACUGAUAUCCGCAAGAGCUUGACACUUCACCCGUCCUUAUAACGAAAGAAAUUCUACAUUUAUAUAGAGAUAGAGAUGUAAUAAUGUAUUGUGCCCAAACAAGUAUACACUUUUAUGUCACACUGGAUAUCUUGUCCAAUAACUGUAAUUGUGUUUUACAUUAUAAAUAUUGUAUUAGAGGGAAAUUAUCUUUGGUUAAUGAAUUAAAAAGAUUUGUCUUGCAAACCA